AUGGAUUUGCUGAGCCUCAACGCGUUGCAGAACCUUUCACUGCUGUCACAGUCGAUUCAACAGCUCAAUGGAUUGUACGGCAUGGAACUGAAUGUUUUUCUGGACUUUGGCCAUAGUUCGGAUAUGCUGGCAGCCAUCAGGCAGCCUGCGGUGCCGAGUCUGUGGAUAAGAAAUUUCGAAAUUCAAUUGGUGCUCCAGGGAAACUUUAGCAGUCGCACUUUGACCAUCGUACAGCUGGAAGAUGCGCCUCUACGGGAGACUCUAGCGUAUCUGAGAACUUGGCUAUGGCGUUAUCAGCAUCUACAGGUGCUCAUUUUAUAUCAGGGAACUACGGAGGCGCUUUUGGAGAUCUUUAACUACUGCUGGAAGCAGGGUAUGGUGCACAUAUUGGCAGUGGAACCUGAAACUGGAAAUCUCUACAGCUUUAUGCCGUAUCCGAAAUUGCGACUGCUUUCCCUUUCUUCAAUUCAGGAGUACUUCAGGCGAACCCGUGCAAUGUUGUGGAACUUCCAAGGCUACAACAUAACCACUGGCAUCGGAUACCACGGUGGACCGCGUUGCUUUGGCUUUCGGGAUAGUCACAAUCGUUUGAUACUCGCCGGGUAUAUGCUGCACAUGGUGCUGGAGUUUAUCAAACACUUUAAUGGCACCAUGCAACUGAUUUACAUUACGUCCGUGGAUCAGGCCAUCGGACUGCUGGCUAAUCGCUCGAUUGAUCUGCUGCCGUAUCUGAUUGUACCCGCCGAUGAAUAUUAUCAAUCCACGAAUGUGCUGUAUCUCGAGAACUGUGUAAUGAUGGUGCCCUCCUCCCGGCCAUUGGCUACGUUUCUGUACAUGGUGCGACCCUUUACGUGGGGCACGUGGCUGACGUGGCUGCUGGUGCUGCUCUACUGCUCGGGCGCUUUGCUGGUGCUGUCCCAAGGUCGCCUCAAUCCGAGCGCCGCCUUCCUGGAGGCACUGUGUCUGGCUCUGUUUCUGGGCAUUGGCAACUAUCUGACGCGUGGCACACCCUCGCCACGUGGCAUAUUAAUUUUUGUGCUGCUAACAGCCUCGGGUUUCAUGUUGACCAAUUUGUAUCUGGCGCAGCUAUCGACGAGUCUCGCGGCGCGUCUCUAUGAGCGGGAAAUCAACACCGUGGACGAUCUGCCAGGCACCAACCUCAAGUGGUAUAUGAUUGCCUACGAUGCCGCUCUGGUGCGCAGUCAGUUUGCCAAUCGUCCGAAUCUCAUCAAGCACAUUCUGGUGGGAUCCAAUGAGAAAACGGAUGAUCUACGGCGGGAACUCAACACCUGCUGCGUGCACUCUGGCUACGAGGAUCGCAUUGACUUUAUACUCUACCAGCAGAAGCUUCUACGGUUUCCCAUAUUCCGGAAGUUACCCGAAAUCCUCUACCAGCAGCCACAUCAGAUACCCGCCUCGUUCGGGCGUCCCUAUUUGCAACUUUUCAAUGACUUUACACAGCGAAUAUUCGAGAGUGGCAUACAGCAGAAGAUGAAGAGCGACUCGUAUCGCCACGGUGUGCAGAGUGGACAGAUACAGUUUAAUUUCAGGGAUCGCUACAUGGAAGUCAGUUCGAAUGAUGUUGAGUACUACUAUGUGAUUGGGGGUCUCUGGCUGGGCGGCAUGCUGCUGGCCAGCAUCACUUUUGUGUGUGAAUAUUAUCGAAUAAAUGCGAGUGUGCAUAAAGUGUGA